AUGUUCAAGAAAUCCAGGAGCCGAAAUUCGAAGGCCUCGUCGCCGGACCCGUCCCACGCUUCGGACGGGAUCCCCGGGGCGGACAGCGGGCGGUGGGAGAGCGAGGAGCUGGAUGCGGCGGACGGCCAAGAGAAUGACAAGACGGCGGGGGCGCCAUCGGCCGUCGUGGCGAGGGGGGGGUCCACGGACGCCUCCACGAUCGAGUACGCGGGUUCCACCCCGCUGAUGAUCAACAGGGAGCCACGGGAAACCUUCGUGAGCGACCUGUCCGAGGUGAGGUCGGAGGGGGAGGAGGAGGAGGAGGGUCCGCGGAGGGAGGAGCGGCGCGCGGAGCCGUUCCCGGGACCAGUGGCGUGGGCUGCGGGCGAGGAGGGCAAGGUGCGCGAGGAGGUGAUGGCGCUGGUGCGGAGCUACGCGAUGCCGACGGAGGACGAGGAGGAGGAGGCGCGGCGGGCGGCCGCCGCGGCGGUGGCGGCGGCCGCGGAGAAGCCGCGGGACCCACUGGGGAUGGGGAUGAUCGACACCGGCACAUUCACCCUGAGCACUGCCACUGAAAAGGAGGUUGACAAGAUGGCAACCCUCGUCCGGAAAUCGGCCUGGCCGGCGAUGCGGGCUGUUACAUCUUUCAACAUGGGCCGACCCAAGGAGGCAGCCAAAGCAAAGCCGCAGAAGGAGCAGGAGUAUCUCAAAAAGAUGCUGCCUUCCAGCGGGUCAUUCAGUCCAGAACUGUAUCUGGCAACAGUGCACAAGAACACAACCAUGCGACAGUUGAGGCAGGGAAUGAACUUGCUGGAAGCAGAGCUGUCGAAGGGCACAGGACAGCUCAAAAAGCUGGUGAAAGAAAACUUUGAAAGGUUCAUCAGCUGCAAAAACACGAUUGAUGAUGUGUAUGUGAGGCUGCACAAAUCCGAGACAGAAAAUAGGGGGGCCAACACAAAGGCACUGAGCUUCGCACUCACUGAGGUGCAAGAUGACGUUCACCAGGCAUUUGCACCAAUGAUGGACAGGAGUCAGCAGCUUGAGCAAAUAAAGAGUGUGAUGGGUGUUUUAAAGAGGUUUCACUCUUCGUUCGUCCUGCCCUCUCGCAUUCGCCACCUUGCCCAGGCCGAGGACUACCAACAAUUGGUGACUGAGUACAAGAGGGCGAAAGCAGUGCUUUCAGGGUCAGACAUCACCACCUGGACCAAGCUGUUUGCCGAGGUUGAAAAGUGCACCUCCGAGGUCUGCAAGACGAUGUUGGAUUCUCUGAACGACCCUUAUCUUGAGAUGGAAGCUUUAGAAGACCUUGUGAUUUACAUCCUCCAACUUCAGUGUGAAGGCCUGCCACUAGCACAGGGCGUGGAGCCUGCAGGCAUCUGGCUGUUGGCUGUGGAGCACCACGUGCAUGGCCUGAUGAAAAAUAUAACACAGGGCCACGAAGUGAAGCUGGAGGAGUCCUCUGGGCGAGAUCGCUCAGCUAGAGCACAAGGCAGUGGGGAGCUGUUCCUGUCCAGGGCAUUCUCUACGGUGAAACUUUGGGAUGAGGCACCCAUGGGGACGGACAGUGCAGCCUCCAAGCUCUGGGCACAGUACAUCCGUGAGCUCUGUGCCAUCUUGCUGGAGUUUGCACCACAUCUGUGGAGAUUCAGAAACAGCUCCAAACUCAAACAGGUUCCAGACAUCAUGGAAGAAUUGCAGAUUAUCCUUGAUGGCAACGUCCGAUCUACCGAACAGCUGCUUGAAAACCUGAUGUGUGCUUUCAAGACCCACGCCCUCCAUGCUGUGAAAGCGCUACUGCCCAUGGGUGCCCUGCUCUCAACCCACACUUUCACUGUAUUGAGAGAGCUUGGCACCUCCGUUGCACGCAUGGAGGAGAUGGAGGGCCCACCUUUGGGCACGUCCACCCUGCAGUCGCUCGGAUGUGAAGCUCAUGAGAUGUGUUACAAGCACCUGUCCACCCACCUGCAAGACCAGAUCUCCCUGAUCGUGGACUGGGAGGACUGGAAGAUAAUGCUGGGGUGUGUGAAGUGGGGCUACACCAUCACAGGAGUUCCAGACAAGCUUGGUCUGGUCGUGCGACAGGCGAUGGAGCAAUUCAAGGCCCUCCGUGAGGAACAUGCUCAGUUUGAGAGCAACAGUGCAGCCUCCCAGAAGUUGAUAGAGACUGCCUUCUUCAACUGUUUUGAGUCCUUUGUGACAUCGGUCAAGCACUUGGCCAGCGUGGUUUCAGAGGGGCCUGGCACUGCGCCUGACAGCAUUGCGGAGCCUGAUCAACAAAGACAGGAUCGACCAGGCCCUGCUCAUCUCCUUGCCCUCAUGGGAAACUGCCGCUAUGUGAGGACCAGGCUCAUCUCAGAGCUCGUGGCUUGCUAUGGCGACAUCCUGGACUGUGAUGAGCGUCAGUAUGCAGAGGAUGUUCGAGUUAAGUCAGUGACUGCAUCGAUCCAGAGGCUUGAGAAGCAGCUGCUGCAGCAAUACACAGAUACAAAAAAGUGCAAGGUCAAUGGGGCGGUUGACAAGUGGCUCCAGCAUGGGGCCGACCGCUUCCUUGGCAUGCAGCCUCUGGCUGCUGUGAGCUAUGGGGCAAUGGAGUGCAUACACACAUUUGUGGGAAUACAGGCAGAGGCCCUCGAAUUCGCCGCCUCACACGUCAACACCCUCCUGGCUAACCUCGUCCUUCAGCUGCUCACAUGGUUCCAGGACCACCUGCCCCGCUCCUGCACCCUGAGCCACGCCCUGCAGUACUACCUGGACACCAGCUUCCUCGAUGCGGCCCUGCGCAAGAUCCAGACCCAGGAUCUGGACCAGGCGUGGGAUGCCGCCUACGAGGGCCUGGUGGUCCGCGUGCUAGGGGCCCUGGGCCAGGCGCCGGGCCCCGAGGAGGCGUCGAGGAAGGUGCGGAGCCUGCUGAUGACGGGGGGCGGCGCGACCGACCAGGAGGAGCUGGACAAGCAGCUGCAGGCGCUGUGCAAGGACGUGCUGAAGGACACGCUGCAGAAGAUGGACGCCAAUGUCACGUGCCUUGGCGCGGACAGGUGA